AAGGGCUUCAAAUUAAAAAAGAUGGCAUGUGGGUUACAGUUAAUCCCUUGCCAAAUGCCUUCAUUGUCAACAUUGGGGACAUGCUAGAGUGCAUGCAACAAUGAACGGUCGAGAUUAUAUAUCAGCCAUUGGAGAUCCAGGAAUGAGAAGAGAUGGGCUAAGAGUUGCAAUUGAAUCAUGGAAUCAAUGCAAUGAAGUUGGAAAAGAAGCACCAAACAUGGGAAGUCCAAGAAUGGCUGAUUGUUUUGAUGUCAAAUACUGUGAACCUCAAAAAGAGGUGGAAUUAGUUCACAAGGUGCAUGAAUGGCAGAACAGGCUAGGUAUAUCAAACAAUCAACACCUUCUUUUAAAGACAGAAAAUGUCAACAAGUAUACAGCUUGGAAGGAAUUAUACUUAGGUAAUAAAUGUGAAGUUUUAGAUACUCCAAAGCCAUGGCAAUUUUGGAUGAUAAUGUUAAAAAGUGGCAACAUGGAUACAUUAGCUGCAAUUUGUCCAAAUAAUGGCUUUAAAUCAAAGCCAUUCCCACAAACACAUCAAUUUCCUUGCUUUGGAAAAGGGUGUAUGAAUAUGCCUUCAAUGUAUCAUAAUUAUACCAAAGUGUAUAAUUAUAAUGAAAAUAAGAUCAUGAGAGGAAGUUUCUAUGGUUCAUGGGAUUUGAAUCUUGAUGAGGCAUCAUUAGGUCAUGUGAAUGACACUUCUUAUUACUCUUUGACUUGGGAGAAAGAAGUUGGUAUAGGAAGUUGGAAUUUUCAUCAUGUUUUGAAGACAUCUUCUAAGUAUCCUUGGUUGUUAUAUUUGAGAUCAGAUGCUACAACUGGAUUUUCUGGUGGUUACCAUUAUGAAACUAGAGGCAUGUCAAAAAUUGUGCCAAAAUCACCACAUUUUAAGGUAAAGUUCACACUUGAUAUCAAGAAGGGAGGGGGUCCACAGAGCCAAUUCUACCUCAUGGACAUCGGAAGUUGUUGGAAGAACAGUGGAGAACCAUGCAAUGGGGAUGUUACAUCUGAUGUAACGAGAUAUAGUGAAAUGAUCAUAAAUCCAGAAAUUAAACCAUUGUGCAAACCUAACCAGCUUCAACAAUGUCCUCCUUACCAUACCUUCUCGAAUGGCACCCGAAUUCACCGAACAGACACGACUAAGUUCCCGUAUGAUGCCUACCUUCUCUACCGUGCUCCCGGCAAUGCAAUGUAUCUAGAGAAACCAGUGAUAACAUCUGAUCCUUAUAGCAACCCACAGCCUCAAGAGAUACUACAAAUUUUGCCGCACCCGGUUUGGGGCGAAUACGGGUACCCAACAAAUAAAGGUGAAGGUUGGGUUGGUGAUCCAAGAACUUGGGAGCUUGAUGUUGGAAGGCUCUCUCAAUCACUUUAUUUUUAUCAGGAUCCAGGCACUAAACAUGUGGAGAGACACUGGCCAUCAAUUGAUUUGGGUACUGAAAUAUAUAUAAGUGAUGUUGGCCAACUAGCAGAAUGGACAGUUAGCAGCUUUGACAUUAUCAUCCCCAAAAUCAUGCUUAAUGAAAUUUCAAGAUAAACAAUUUACAUGUUUUUACUCAACAAUACUGCAGUUUUGUGUUACAGCAGUUUUGUGUUAUGCUAAAUUGUCCAUAUUUAUAAAUAGCUAAAUUGAGCAGCAUAAGUGUUUAUCAUA